AUGAAGUUGGUUGUGGCUUGUGGCAGAAUAGUACAGGCGCUCCCUUACCGCGCUGAUUUGAGUGUUGCACAUCGGUGCCAGAUCGCGCUACGCCUUGCUUCGGAGCUUCGAGCUACUCCAACCCCCGCACUCCUCAAACGGCAUAACGGUUACUCAACGAUCGCUCCAGCCGACCCUCCCGCCGUGAAUUGA